AACGGCGGCCCCAGACCCGACCCUGCCAGAGCCCUGCCCAGCAGCGGCCGUGGCGCCCGGCACCGCUGGCGGCUCCGCGCCGCGGGGCCCAGCUCUUGGCCGCAGGAGAGCCCUGCCGCCGCUGCCGCAUCCGCGUUAAGAUGCGCCGCCAGGCGGCCUGGGGGCUGCGUGUUUCCCCCCGCCCCCAGGGACCCGUGCUCCCCGAACCGCGAUGCGGACCGGAGCUAUGAGUGCUACACGCCUCGCCCCGCCACCGCGGCCCCUUCCGCCUACCACCGCCGCCAAAACCCGAGGAUUUUCAGGAAUCAUAAUCUCCCUGAAAACUACGACCACGUGCCUCACCAGGAUUGACCAACCGACAAGAAGGAGAGUGAGUGUAUACCCCAAAAUAGAAGCAGCUGUUUAAACAAAGCAGGAAGAUAAAUGCCACAGCAUUCUAAAAUGGAUUUAGGAUUCAAAGACCGUAACAACAGGACACCUACCAAGAACACAUCUGCUACUACAAAGAAUUUUUCUGCCUGGGAAGAUUACAAGAGUAGUGUUGAUGACAUACAAUACUUUCUUAUUGGGCUGUACACACUUAUAAGUCUGGCUGGUUUUAUGGGAAAUCUGCUUAUAUUAAUGGCUCUACUAAAGCGCAAGCAGAAGACAAUAAUAAACAUUCUUAUUGGUAGCUUGGCCUUUUCUGACAUCUUAGUUGUGCUCUUUUGUUCGCCUUUCACUCUGACAUCCAUCCUGCUUGACCAAUGGAUGUUUGGCACUAUCAUGUGCCACAUGAUGCCUUUCCUCCAGUGCGCAUCAGUUCUAGUUUCUACUUUGAUGUUAAUAUCUAUUGCUGCAGUCAGGUACCGUAUGAUAAAAUAUCCCCUUUCCAGCAAUUUAACGGCAAAACAAGGCUAUUUCUUAAUAGUGACUAUUUGGGCCCUUGGCUUUGCCAUUUGCUCCCCGCUGCCAGUUUUCCACAAAAUUGUGGACCUCAGCAAAACUCUGAAUUUAGAGGCACUGGAGAACAGGCUUUUGUGUAUUGAGUCAUGGCCUUCUGAUUCCUACAGAAUUGCCUUUACAUUAGCCUUAUUGUUCAUGCAGUAUAUAUUGCCACUGGCAUGUUUAACUGCUAGUCACACCAGUGUCUGCAGAAGCAUAGGUUCCAGACUAUCAAACAAGGAAAACAAGUUUGAAGAAAAAGAGAUGAUAAACCUAACACUUCAUCCAUCUAAGAGUACCAGCAUGCAGGUGCAGCCCUCCAGCCAUUCCAGAUGGAAGUGCACCUUUGGUAGAAAGCACCACAGAAGAUACAGUAAAAAGACCUCAAGUGUGAUGCCAGCUAUUUCAAGGCAUCGUCAGGAUACUCAUUCCAGAGACCUCCCAGAAACCUCUGGCACAGAAAAAAGCCAACUCUCUUCUUCCAGUAAAUUUAUUCCUGGGAUACCUAUUUGUUUUGAGAUGAAACCAGAAGAAAACACUGAGAUCCAGGACAUGAUUACAGUAUCCCAAUCCAUCAUCAGAAUUAAGACAAGAUCUAGGAUAGUUUUUUGCAGACUGACAGUGCUAAUCUUAGUUUUUGGGUUCAGUUGGAUGCCUCUUCACCUCUUCCACAUUGUAACAGAUUUUAAUGCCACUCUCAUUUCUAAUAGACAUUUUAAGUUAGUGUACUGCAUAUGUCAUUUACUGGGUAUGAUGUCCUGCUGCUUGAAUCCCAUCCUCUAUGGGUUCCUUAACAACAGCAUAAAAGCUGAUUUGAUAUCCCUUAUUCCAUGCUGCCAAAUACCAUGAUUUAAAUAAAAUAAACAGUAAAACAAACAAGUCUGGCUUUCAAGCACACUGACAUGUAUAGCUGCAAAAGCUAAAUUUGUUUGGUUUAGUCAGAUUUGGUUGUGAUUAGUAGCAUUUUGUGUGAAUGAAUAGUUCUACUGCUGCAUGUGUUUCUUCCACUGGACAGAAAUAUAUACAUGUACUAUAAUAUUUCUCUGCCUGUUACACAUAGGAAAUCAUGUCCAGUGUACCAAAGCUAAAUGCCAUUUUCAUUACCUGAACUAUUGACAACCUUUGGUUUUAAAUUAUACAGAAUAUAUUAUGAGUAAUAAAUAUAAGACUACUUAGACACAGCAAUCUUAACUGUCAAAAAUCUCUAAUAAAAUGUGUACCAUUUACUAAAUAA